AGGGAGCAAGCUGAACAACGCACAGAGGCAGUGCAAAGCAUGGCCCCUGGUGAGACGGAGGAGGAGCAGGACCCGGAGUCAACCCACAGUGUUCAGAACCUCCAAGCUCAGCAUGCUCCACCCAACAAUCCAUCCGAACAUCGCAGGGUCUUGUGGCCAGCAGCACACAAGGAGCCUGAGUGGCGCCAGUUCGACGAAGAUGUAGAUGGUGCCUUGGAAGCAUCAUCGAAAGGGAAUGUGGACCAGCAGCUCCAAACGAUGUGCACCUUCAUCAUCUGCAUCGGUGCUGAGCGGUUUGGUAUUAAACAGCCAAAGGCCAAGAACACAGCUAGACCCAACAGGCGAGAGAACAAGAUCUCUGCACUCAGGAGAGACUUGAAGUCCCUGAAACAACGUUUUAAGAAGGCGAGUGGGGAAGAAAAGCCCGCCCUGGCUGAGCUCCGGGACAUCCUCAGGAAAAAGCUCAUCUCCCUACGUCGUGCUGAGUGGCACAGGAGGAAGGGUAGAGAGAGGGCCCGCAAGCGCACUGCCUUCAUAGCUAACCCUUUUGGGUUUACGAAGAAGCUGCUAGGGCAGAAGCGGAGUGGGACCCUCAUGUGCCCAGAAGACGACAUCAACCGCCAUCUCUCUGAAACAUACAGCGACCGGCAGAGGGAGGAAGACCUGGGCCCCUGCAGAGAACUAAUUUCACCACCACUACCAUCCAGCCAGUUCAACACCAAAGAGCCAACGCUGGCAGAGGUCAAGAACACGGUCAGGGCAGCACGGACCAGUGCAGCACCAGGGCCGAGUGGCGUGCCAUACAAAGUGUACAAGCACUGCCCAAGACUUCUACAGAGGCUGUGGAGAAUCAUCAGGGUAGUAUGGCGAAGAGGCAGGGUAGCCAAGCAGUGGAGGCAUGCCGAAGGUGUGUGGAUACCAAAGGAGGAAAACGCAAGUGACAUCUCGCAGUUUCGUACCAUCUCACUGCUUAGCGUAGAGGGCAAGAUCUUCUUCAAGAUCCUCGCCAAUCGCAUGACCGAUUUCCUCCUGAGGAAUUCCUACAUUGACACGAGCGUGCAGAAGGGAGGAGUUCCAGGCUUCCCAGGCUGCAUUGAACACACUGGAGUGGUCACCCAGUUGAUCCGAGAGGCCAGAGAGAACCGAGGAGAUUUGUCAGUCAUCUGGCUGGAUCUGGCAAAUGCCUACGGAUCAAUUCCCCACAAGCUGGUGACAAAAGCCUUGACGAUGCACCAUGUUCCGCAGAAGAUCACAGAUCUCAUAAAGGACUAUUACAGUAGUUUUAGUAUGAGAUUCACAUCUGGAUCUAUAAAAUCAGCAUGGCACCGUCUAGAAAAAGGCAUUAUCACUGGGUGCACUAUAUCAGUGACGCUGUUUGCCCUAGCGAUGACCAUGCUUGUCAAGGCGGCAGAAGUGGAAUGCAGAGGGCCUCUCUCCAGAUCUGGUACUCGCCAACCGCCAAUCAGAGCCUUUUUGGAUGACCUAACAGUCGCAGCAACAUCAGUGCCAGGGUGUCGCUGGCUCCUUAAAGGUCUGGAAAGGCUAACAUCUUGGGCGAGAAUGACAUUUAAGCCAGCUAAAUGCCGGUCCCUUGUGUUGAGGAAGGGGAGAGUUGAGGACAAAUUCCGCUUCCAUAUGAACGGUCUCCAAAUACCAUCAUUGACGGAGAAGCCGGUGAAGAGCUUGGGGAAGCUCUUUGACGUGACUUUGAGAGACACAGUAGCAAUCCAGGCCAUGCACGCAGAGCUGGAAACCUGGCUUGCAGCAGUGGACAGGGCAGGCCUCCCCGGGAAAUUUAAAGCCUGGAUAUAUCAGCAUGGCAUUCUGCCAAGGCUUUUGUGGCCACUGUUGAUGUACCAGGUC